AUGUCAGAGUUAGCAAAGGAUUAUCUUAUAUUAUGGGCAUCGCAGACAGGUAAUGCUGAAUGGAUUGCUAAAAGUAUUCAUACCGAAGCUGGUAAAAAAGGAUAUACUGGUGAAUGCCAUGUCAUGGACGACUUUACUAUUGCUCCUCUCCAGAAAGCUGGUAUUGUUAUCUUGGUGUCUUCCAAUACUGGUGAUGGUGAUGCACCCGACAAUUCACUCAAGUUUUGGCGAUUUUUACGUCGCAAUAAGGACAAGAAUUAUUUGACCGGCACCAAAUUCACUGUAUUGGGUUUAGGCGAUAGUAAUUACUCCAACUUUAACCACACAGGGCAACGUUUAGAAAAGAAGUUUAAAGAAUUGGGUGCUACUACCUUUUAUCAACGAGGCUUAGCAGACGAUGCGGAAGGACUUGAAAAUGUGGUGGAUCCCUGGAUUGAAAAGUUAUGGGAGGUGUUGCCUACCGUAUUGACUCAACACACAGACCAAUCCAUCGCUAACGCUGUUGCCCAUGAAAAAGAGCUUGAAAAGGAAAUGACGGAACUUAAAAUCGAUCCCGCCAGCAUGCCUUACUCUAUGGAUAUUCGUACAAGCACUGUACCUGAACAAGUGCAAAAGUAUACUCAACUUGAAAACUCACUUGUUGAACAACCUAUUCCAGAAAAGAAGGCAUUCAAAAAGGGAUUCCCAUUAGAGAUUAGUUUAGCAGGACUUGAGCCUGGAGCAAAGUUAACUGGUUUGCCUCGUAUUUCAGUACCUGUAGCUAAAUUGACAAAAUUAGAUGGUCACCAAGAGGACUGUGUUGGUAAAGUGCCUGAUUUUGUAGUCACACCUGUACCGAUCACAUAUGCACCCAUUACAAUGGUAUCCUGUUUAACCAGUGAUGAUGCAUUGAAGCGAACCUUAGAAGUAGAGAUUGAAAUUGAUAAUGAUGUGCAUUACGAUCCCGGAGAUGCCUUUGGGGUGAUCGCGCCUAACGAUGAAGAGUUGGUUGAAGCCAUCUUAGAGAGACUAUCCGUCCCAUCUAAGGAAUAUCAUGCGUUAUACAAGGUAGAAGGCGAAACCUUACCAAGCCAUUUGCAACAUGCCACAAGUGCUACUCUCAUUGAUCUUUUCAGAUAUGCAGUGGACGUCAGCAGUCAACCCAGAAAGGCUCUUUUUAGAAUGUUGGCAGAUCACACCACUGACCCUAAAGAAAAGCUUAGUUUGAUGUACAUUUGUAGUAAGCAAGGCGCCAGUAUCUUUAACGCUAUUCGAGAAGAAUCGCCUACUUUACUCGAUAUUUUAGAAACCUUCCCAUCCUGUCAACCUCCAAUUGAACGUUUAUUGGAUUUGUUGCCCGCUCAUUUGCCUCGUUUCUAUUCGAUCUCUAGCUCUCCCUUGAAACGUCAAGGAAAGAUCCGAUUUGCUUUCAACAUCGUCAAAUACAUUACAGCCAAAAAUGCUCAACGUCAAGGUGUGGCUACACCAUGGAUGGAUAAAAUCACCAAUUAUGUGAGUAACAAGAAUGAGCAAGUGGACGUGUCUAGUUUGGGUGUCAAAUUGCCCAUGUACAUUCGUCCCAAUGUCAAUGCGUUUGUUUUACCUGUAGAGACUGAGCGUCCCUUAAUCUUGGUGGGUCCAGGUACAGGCAUUGCACCUUUUAUUGGAUUUUUGGAGCAUCGCCAAACACAACGUAAGAUUCGUACAUCUAUGGGUGGAAUUGGACAUCAGCCAAAGGAAAAGAUUCGCGCAGCAUUUGGUCCCAUCCACGUCUACUAUGGUUUCCGUGAUCAUCGCAAGGACUUUUUGUUUGAAAAUGAGUUGAAAGAGUUCGAGAAGGAUGGUACCAUCACUCGUUUGGCUAUUGCCGAGAGUAGAAAGGAGGACACGAAGGUGUAUGUACAGGAUUUGAUUAAACGUGAUUCCGACAUGUUGUAUGAUUUAAUUGUAAAUAAGGAUGCAGCUAUUUAUAUCUGUGGUGAUGCUAAAGGCAUGGCUAAAGGCGUGCAAGAUGCUUUGGCAGACAUGUUGGUCCAACAUCAAAAUGUGGAUCUUUUGGAGGCCAACAAGAUUUUGAUUGGCUGGAUUGGCGAAAAGAAAUAUCUUCGUGAUUUGUGGGCUUAG